CCAGACUCUACUUCCCAGUGUGCUUCGCGAUGCCUCAGGGUGUAACGGAUGUUGCAGUCCGGCCGCCCCCGGGCUGGUCCAGCAAGCAACGGGAUGUCGGAGGUGCGGCUGCCACCGUUACGCGCCCUGGACGACUUUGUUCUGGGUUCGGCGCGUCUGGCAGCUCCGGAUCCGUGCAACCUGCAGCGAUGGUGCCACCGCGUCAUCAACAACCUUCUCUACUAUCAGACCAACUACUUUCUCUGCUUUGGCUUCGGUCUCGCUAUAGCCGGGUAUGUGCGUCCGAUGCAUACCCUUCUAAGCGUGCUGGCAGUGCUGAUGACCCUUGGCGUGCUUGUGUGGGCGGCUGAGACCCACACAGCAGUGCGACGCUGCCGACGCAGCCACCCUGCUGCCUGCCUAGCUACGGUUCUUGCCGUUGGUCUCCUCGUUCUCUGGGUUGCAGGCGGCGCAUGCACCUUCCUGCUCAGCAUCGCCGGGCCGGUGCUUUUGAUCCUGGCGCAUGCCUCCAUACGUCUUCGAAACCUUAAAAACAAGAUUGAGAACAAAAUUGAGAGCAUUGGUCUCAAGAGGACGCCAAUGGGGCUGCUACUAGAGGCGCUGGGACAAGAACAGGAGGCUGGAUCAUAAGGGUCUGGGACCUGCACCCAGGACCUGAAGAAACCCCCACCCGUACCCUGCCCUUACUCAGGACCCAGAACCCUUUCCCAGCCUUUAUAAUAGGAGUCAAGAGCACCCUGGCCAGUCAAAAAGACAGGACAUCAGUGAUUUACACCCCGGUUUAUAAUUAGGGUAUUAUUCAUGCCCAACUCUCCUCUUAUCUAGGGACUAAUGUUCUACAACCCUGAACUUGGGACCCACAGCCACCUACAUCCAGCCUCAGGCCUUGGGCUUGGUACUAGAAAAUCUAUGGCCAGUCUCAAACCAUGGACCUAGAGGUAUUUACCAAGAUUCUGGGACUCACCAGCCUCCCAUGUUCAGCACCAAACUAGGGCCUGGGGCAAGCCAUUCACAAAUCUUGGUCUUAUUAGACCAAGGCUUUUCCAAGCUCCAGCCCAGCUUCAAAUCUAGACUCCCAAAGUGUCCUCCCUUACUGGGUGGAGUCACGUAUCCCGACUAUUGAACCAGGUGACCCCAACCCUCAACAGUCUCAGUUGCCUUGCGCUGUUUAAGAGGUUUUGCCCCUAAUGUUCCACAGUGUCAAGGACCAAAGGGUGGGGAGUGGGGUAGCCGCAUCAGUGUUACUGCAACAAUAAAGUCGCAUCUCUCAAGCUA